CCGUACAUACGAACAACUUUCCAAGUUGCAGCUUGUAAAAUGCUAGUCCUAAUCCAGUAGCGGGGAUGUAGUGAAUACAGAUGGGGAAACGAUGGCUUGUACACGUACUGGAAUUCAAUAUCUGUUCAAAAGCGCGUAAUUUGCAACUUUACACUAAUCUCGUUGCCAUGUCAUUCGUCUUGAAGGGAGUUGCAUACAUUACUGGUGCUGGCUCUGGCAUCGGACAGCACACUGCAUAUGCUCUUGCAAGGCAGGGAGUACGCUCAUUCGCCCUCGUCGAUCGCAACCCCGUAUCAAAGACAGUCAGCGAACUAAACAGAAUAUCGCCUAAUGUCUUGGUCAAGGAGUUCGAGCUAGAUGUUACCGACGAAAAAGCUGUUGAUGAUAGCAUAGAAAAGACUGUCAAAGAAUUCGGUAGAUUGGACUACGCGGUCAACAAUGCGGGAAUCGGCGGCAUGAUCAAGACAUCGGAUCAAAUACCAAGAGACGAUUUCGAGAAUAUCGUGUCUGUGAAUACUAUUGCUGUCUGGCAAUGUCAGCGCGCGCAGAUCCGACAGAUGCUCAAGCAAGACAAAUUGUCAGACUCUUAUCGCUCCUAUCGGGGGUCCAUCGUCAACGUAGCAUCCAUGUACGGUGUGGUAGCACCGCCGCUUAAUGUCCCGGCUACAGCAUACGCUACAAGCAAACAUGCAGUUGUCGGUCUUACCAAAUCUGAUGCGCUCGCAUUCGCCCACAAAGGCAUCAGAAUCAAUGCCAUAUCUCCUGGUUAUGUGCUGACACCGCUGGUCCAGGAGACCAUGAGCAAAGGCGACAUGAUAGAGCAAGAGAGAUUGAAGGUUCCAAUUCAUCGUUACUCAGAAAUGGAAGAGAUUGGCGAUUGCAUAGCGUUUCUGCAUUCCGAUGCGGCUAGUUACAUGAUUGGGGCCAACUUAGUUGCAGAUGGCGGAUACACAGUUUCAUAGAGAGUGGCGCAAGUGCAUUCAUCCAGUCCUUGGCUGACCAUUCAAUCAUACAAUAUCAUAUCUUCUG